AUGUCGUACCACGGAAACGGAGGAUACAACGCUCCAUACGGAGGACACGGAGGAUAUGCUCCACCACCAGUCCAUGGAGCUCCAGGAUACAUGCCACCAACUGUUGUUCACACUGACGGAGGACAUCACGGACACGUUGACACCCAUCACCAUGAAGAGAGUCACCAUGGAGAACAUCAUGGAGGACACCAUGGAGUACAACACUACGAGAGUCACCACGAAAGCCAUCAUCAUGGUGGACACCAUGGACAUCAUUAA